AUGUAUAACUUUUCUGAAAAUUUCAAUAAUUACGUGCAAUUCUCCAACAUUUUAGUAAACCUUCUUCAUCUUAUGGUGUUAACACGUAAAAAUCCCAGGUGUAAUGCGGUUUUUGUGCUGAUGAUUAUUAUAUGUCUAUCUGACAAUAUUCAGUUUAUAUUAAGCAUCAAUAAAUUUUCAAGACAAGAAUCAUGGAUUACUUCUUUUAUUAAAGAUCAGCGCAACACAAAAUGCGUAAAGAAACAACUGGUGGUGCUGAACUUCACCGAGCAAUGCUUCACCUUCAUUGUUGGAGUUUUUCGACGCUGCUCCGCCUGGAUAGCUCUAGUAAUGGCCCUGAUAAGAAUGUUAUCAGUUAUUUUUCCAAUGAGUGCAACUAUUUCAAAAAUGGGAAAACCUAAAGGAGCAAUUUUCAUGAGUUCAAUUGUUCUAUUGGCUUGUGUUAUCAUUGAUGCUUGGGCAGCAGUCUUUCUUCAAAUUCAGUGGCUACCAGAUAUAAUGGUGAAGAACAAUAAAAAUUGCAAGCCAUCAAAAUCUGCUAAUGAGAAAUAUGUUUUAGUAGUUGAUCAAUCAAAUUUUGAUUUGACAAAUCAGUUAUGUUUUAUUGAAAUUAUAAUUCGUUUCUUCCAAACUCUUCUUUACCCAAUGCUAACUUUAACACUACUUUUACAAUUGCACAUGAUAAAAAAGAAACGCAUUAUAUCUUCACAAAAUGAUAAAGUUGAAAAUCGAAAUCUCACCAAUUUAAUUAUAUUUAUGACUGUGAGCUUUAUGUUGGCCGAAGGACUUGUUGGCUUUAAUGGAGUUGUGAUGUAUUGCACUUUUGUCGUCGAAGUUUGGGAUAAAAAGUGGAUAAUUUACGCGGGCGCUGCCAGCAAUCUUAUUGUAAAUUUACGAGCUCUGAACUCUCUGUCUCAUUUGUUUGUAUGUCUUUUUAUGUCUUCUCAGUACCGGGAGACUGUAAAAAACAUGAUGUUGAAUAACAAACUUGGAAAAUCACUAGAGAGUUGGAAACAAAGCGUAUCCAAUGUGUUGUAUUUUUAUAGACUCUGA